UGUGUGUGUGCGUGCGUGCGCGCGCUGGUGAAGGAGGCUUCAUCUCCCAAAUAGGAUGAGCAGCCGAUUUGCUGGUGGCACCGCGGAUGGUCCGGACCGAUUCGCUGUUAGUUUUUGGAGCUUUUCUUUGUUCAGUUUCAGUUGGUCUUCGCGGACUGUUUCCACACUAGACGGAUUUCCAAUGGAUAUUCCCGUGUGAAGAAGGAGCGCGCGUGGACACGGCUGAAGUGAAGACAUAGUGAGGAGCCAGUGCAAAAAUGAGGUCAGAGGCCUUGUUGCUGUAUUUCACCCUGCUGCAGAUGGCUGGGGCUGCCUUCCCAGAGGACUCGGAGCCAAUCACUAUUUCACAUGGCAACUAUACAAAACAUUACCCAGUGUUUGUUGGACACAGACCAGGAAGGAACAGCACACAACGGCACAAAUUGGAUAUUCAGCUGAUCGUCAUAACGAAUCGGACUCUUUAUAUAGCAGCAAGAGAUCACAUAUAUACAGUGGACAUCGAAACAGCCAACACAGAAGAGAUCUUUUUUAACAAGAAACUUACAUGGAAGUCCAGGCAACCUGAUGUAGACACCUGUAGAAUGAAAGGAAAGCACAAGGAUGAAUGCCACAAUUUCAUCAAGGUCCUUCUCCAGCAAAACGAUGACACCUUGUUUGUAUGUGGGACCAACGCGUUCAACCCUUCUUGUCGAACCUACAAGACGGACACACUGGAUGCACUUGGGGAGGAGAUUAGUGGAAUGGCUCGGUGCCCAUAUGAUGCCAAGCAUGCCAAUGUUGCCCUGUUUGCUGAUGGAAAGUUGUAUUCUGCUACGGUCACUGAUUUCCUGGCCAUCGAUGCCGUUAUUUAUCGUAGCCUGGGAGACAGUCCGACCCUGCGCACAGUAAAACAUGAUUCCAAAUGGCUGAAAGAGCCCUACUUUGUCCAGGCAGUGGAUUAUGGGGAUUUCAUUUACUUUUUCUUUCGUGAAAUCGCUAUGGAAUACAACAGCAUGGGAAAGGUGGUCUUCCCACGAGUGGCCCGUGUGUGUAAGAACGACCGCGGGGGCUCACAGCGCGUACUGGAGAAACAGUGGACAUCUUUCCUGAAGGCUCGCCUCAACUGCUCCAUCCCGGGAGAUUCUCACUUCUACUUCAACAUCCUGCAAGCCGUCACUGACGUCAUCCACAUUAACGGUCGUGAUGUUGUCAUGGCCACCUUCUCCACACCAUUUAACAGCAUUCCAGGCUCGGCCGUGUGCGCCUACGACAUGGCGGACAUCGCCACAGCUUUCACUGGCCGUUUCAAAGAGCAGAAGUCACCGGAGUCGACCUGGACGCCUGUACCUGAAGAGAAAGUUCCUAAGCCCAGGCCGGGUUGCUGUGCCGGAACACCGUCAGCGGAGAAGUACAAGGUGUCCAAUGAGUUUCCAGACGACACUCUAAACUUCAUCAAGAUGCACCCGUUGAUGGAUGAGGCUGUACCAUCCAUCGCCAACCGGCCCUGGUUUCUCAAGACAAUGGUUCGAUAUCGGCUCACUCGCAUUGCAGUGGAUAACGCUGCCGGGCCCUAUCGCAACUACACCAUUGUUUUCCUGGGCUCUGAAAGGGGCAUCAUCCUAAAGUUCCUGGCUAAAAUAAGCAGCGGCUUUCUGAACGACAGCCUCUUCCUGGAGGAGCUGAACAUCUACAACCCGGAGAAGUGCAGCAUUGACGGCGUGGAUGACAAGCGCAUCAUCAGUAUGCAGAUCGACAGCAAGAGUCACUCACUCUUCGUGGCGUUCACAUCUUGUGUGGUUAAGGUGCCACUGUCACGCUGUGAGCGACAUGGGAAGUGCAAAAAGUCCUGUAUUGCCUCCAGGGAUCCGUACUGCGGCUGGGUGUCGGAAGGCGUGUGCCGAGAAAUCACAAGCACAAGAUGGCCGUUCGAGCAGGACGUGGAGCAGGGCAACACAGAUGGACUGGGAGACUGCCAAAACUCCUUUGUGGCUCUAAAUGGCCACUCUACCUCUUCUCUCAGCACUGUGCAGCCCAAAGAUCCCCCUGAACCCAACGAUAAGAGGGACCCUUAUAUCGCAGUGCCCUCUUUAACCCAGCACGAGUCCACCGGCGUGAUUCGUGAGAGCAUCCAGAAGGGCCGGGAUCAGAUGGUGCCUAUCACUUUACUGGCUGUGGCUGUGGUCCUGGCAUUCAUCAUGGGUGCUGUCUUCUCUGGUAUUGUGGUCUACUGUGUAUGUGACCAUCGGCGGCGCCAUCUAGAGCACUCUGCACACAAAAAGACCAGAGAGACUGUGAACUCAAGGCGCGGCUCCAUGAACAGCGUCACCAAGCUGACGGGUCUAUUCGAGACGCAAGCCAAAGAUGGCCGGCCUGAAGCCAUCCUUGCUCCUUUGAUGCACAAUGGUAAAACACUUAUCAAAGCCGAGGAGCAGCAGCACCUGGACCUAGUGGCACUUCCCACACCCGAAUCAACACCCAUGCAGCUGCGCCGUAAGCCCAGCCGUGCCAGCCGGGACUGGGAGAGGAACCAGAACCUAAUCAAUGCCUGCGCCAAAGAGCUGGCCUCCAUGGGCUCGCCUAAUGUCCUGAUAGGCAAUGACCUGCCACUGAGGGCAUCUCCAGGCCAGAUCCCCAGUGUGGUGGUGCUACCGUUACAACAGCACCAGCACCAGCAGGUCUACCAGCACCAGCAUGAGUAUGUGGAGCAGCCACAUCGCACAGAUUUGCCUGAUGAUCAAGCAGCCACACUGGAGUACAAAACAGUGAAGAGCCCAUGCCACAAUGUCAUGGUGGAUUCAGAUGGGGUGCCACCCCGCGUGCCCCAGAGGGAGGCCUCAUUAGCAGCUGUGGUACCUCCAGCUGUUCCUCAGAUGGGCAAGAGGCUAGAUAUGUACUGCCGUGGAUACCCAAUGGGCAUGAAAAAGCAGCAGCACAACACCAAUUCGUCCAACUCGUCUCACCUGUCAAGGAAGCGCAGCUUUAGCCGUGCGGAGACACCUCCUCCUGCUCCACAGAGGCUUGACUCCAUGCACGUUUCUUCUCCUUCAGGCCUUUCACGUCACUCUAGCUUGAGCUCAUAUGGCUCGUUGCCUCGUUGCAGCUCCAGGCACCGCAAACCAGACGUCCCACCCAAACCAUCACAGUUCGCCCUCUCUGGCAAAGUGAAGUGCAGCGACUCGGGGACAUAAUCAGCACCAACUGGGGCAAGGGAACAGUCUGUGGAAAAAUCUGUGUUGUACAGCUGUGUACAGGAAAUGCUCACUGUUUUUUUAAGAAAACACACAAAAAAACAUUUUUCACAUAAAUGUACGUGUUUAACUCAGGCUGUUGAUUCCCUCAUGGUGAAAGAUGUAAACACCUGCUACCGAAAUGAGAGGGACUCUCGAAUCUCUUGUCACUGAGCCACAUUUUGCUAUUUCGCUCAGUUUUUGUAAGAAGAAAGUACGCCAGGCUGGGGACACGACCGCGUCGCAACUGGCGUUUUCUUUGCAGCCUGCCAAAAGCACAUUGUGGAUCACAGAGAGGAGUGUAAUUGCAUAGAUCUGAAGCUGGGUUAUACCCCAGUUAGAAAAACAAAAACACAUGGACUGCAGAGAUCUCAGCCUGGAACAGCAGCUGGUUUACAAAGGAAAACUGUGAAGUAAGAUAUAAAAAAAAAAAAAAAACGAUGAAAUGCCUCUCUCAGUGUUGCAGCUACUGGACACAGCAAUCAAGUUCUGCCUUUAGCGAGGUCUGAAGAAUUGUCUACUGUAACAGGUGACUGAAUAACCCGUGACUGUUAGUACUAAUAGCUGGUUGUAUUUAUUUUUUAAUAAAGUGCUUUCGAAGAAAGACUGACUCUUUUUAGAUUCAGAGAGAGAAAGAGAGAGAGGGAGAGAGAGAGAACUUUUUAAUUUUGAAUUAAUUAUGUAAAAUUAUUUAAAGUCAUUCAACUGGAGCCAGUACAACUCAUUGAAGCAAAGUCCUCUAACUUUUUUCGGAUGUUUCUAAGUGAGCUACAGAGGGAAUUAAAGCUUCCAAGGAGCUAUUUAUUGAACUUUGCCAGAGGAGUUUGAGAAAGCUUAAGAUCAAGUAUCACACACCAAGAUGAAUUUCCCUUUGUGAAAAAUACAUUGAAGAGGAAAGAAAAUAAAACAAUCCUUAAACUGGAACUCCUUAAACACACCGUCCUGUCUCCAUGUGCAUCCUCAUUCAGCACUGUGGAUUGUGUCAGCAACCUCUAAUCCUAAUGGCCAUAGCUUCACUGAGUGCCAUUCUGGUUCACUUUUUGCAUGAAAGCGUGCAAAGACUGAGCCGAGGAAGAACAACAAAAAAAAAUCCCCAUAUUAUUUCCAAAACCAUUGGAUGGGCGUUGGCUUACAGCCAGCAUGGCGGAAAUGCUUUUUAUUUUUAUUUUUUAAUUUGGCAGGUAUUAAAAGGUAUCAUUUCCGAGUCUCAUCUUCACACAGACCCUCUUAUUGAAUUACAUGUUUGAUAGCCUGUUUGUUUCUUCCAUGUGUAAAUUUGUGCCUUACACCCCUGAGUAGUGAAGAGUUUGUUAGCUGUUAACUGUUACCUAGUAGUCCUUAUGAUUAUGUAUUUUCCUUGUUUGUUUAAAAAAAAAGCAACUAAAGAAUGUAGGUAUUCUUGUUGUUCAUUCUGGUCACUAUGGAAAUAUCGGGUGGGCGGGGCUAACCACACAGCAUAUUUUGUGAUUGAUUUCUAAUUGUGCCAAUGAAACACUUGAAAAGCAGCCCUUUUGUUGUGCUAGCAGUGCUGUCAGUGUUGUUGUUUUUGUUUUUGGGUUUUUCUGUUGUUGUUGUUUUUUUUUUCAGGGGCUGAUGAUGUUCUUACUUUUGUUUCACAAUUUCAACAUUAACUGUAUAUUCCUGGGAAAGUCUCCUUGGUUCUGGCUGGUACAAUGUAAUGAAAUGGUUAAUUGGCCACAUAGCUUUUUAACGUCUAAUGUUUCCCAUCAAAUGACACUAAGCUCUUAAUAUACAUGUUGAACUCGAGUUUCUAGGCAGGAAAUACAGGCUGGCUCCUGUGAAAAGAAAAGCACUUGAAUAAUAUUAGGGAACAAUUUAAUGCUUUCGAUGUUUAUGACAGAUGCCAACUAAUAUAAUUUCCUAACUAUAGCAUUAUUAUGUACAACGAGGGUUUUAAUCGUCAGAUUUGAGUAUUUAACUACUUCCCUGAAACAAUUUAGAGCUCACAUUUGCCACAAAUGAUCAAAGCACUCACCUGGUCUAGUCUCUGCAGACUGGUGUAGUUUGGAGAUUACUACGUUUCCUGUCGGCAGUUCUUUCCGAUAUGGAAGUCCCUCAUUAGUCAGGGUGAAGGGUAGCAGGAUUUGUCCCUUCCUCUUCUGUUACUUGGACUAACGUGUACAUAGAUUCAGACUGCAUUGGCCAUCUCGGAUCAGAUUCGGAGUAUUGAAGGGCCACUCAGACUCGCUCACUCAUUUUCUGAGUAAUGCAUCUUGGCCUGUGGUUUUUGAUGCUGAUUGUGGACAGUGGGCUCUUUGGCGUGCCUUUUGUUUUCUCACCCCAUCUACUACACACUGCUAGAGGUGAACAGAGCUGGACAUUCCAAAAUGGCUUGAAGUUUAUACUCCUGUAAGAUAUUGUUCUUUCACAAGGGUUUUUUCCUUGUUCUUCUCCAACCUCCUUAACAUCUGAUUCAUAAGUAAAUGUAUGUUGUAAAGACAUUCUCUUUAAUAAAUGAAAAAAGCUAAUAAAAACAUUUAAAUUUCUUGUCACAAAA